AUGCCAAGACAACUUGUUUGGGAUACAAUUAUCUCGUUUAGUGCUCAAAGACAGGAUAAUUGGGUUUGUCUGGGAGAUUUCAACUCUUAUUUGGCAUGGUACGAGAAGCGCGGUGGAAAUUUUACAAGGGCCCGAGAUAUUGCUCAUUUCAGGGGCUUUUUGAAUGCGUGCCAACUACUGGAUAUAGGGGCACAUGGACCUGCUUUCACAUGGAAUAAUCGUUGUAAGGGUGAUGCCAAUAUUCGGGUCAAGCUGGAUAGAGGUUCAUCAAAUGAAGCUUGGCGCAAUAUAUUUGAAGAUGCUGUAGUUACUGUUUGGUUUAUAAUCGGCUUGGAUCACCUUCCCCUUGUGGUGGAUACAGAGGGAAGCAAAUUUUCAAGGAAUUUCGAAAGGAUAUGGUUUUCUCAUCUCGACUGCAAGAAUAUUGUAGCCAAAGCAUGGUCAAUUCCUUCUACUGGAACUACAGGAGCAGAUCUUCUUCUCAAGACCAAGAAUUAUAGUGUGGUAUUCUCCAAAUGGAACAAAGAGAUAUUUGGGAAUGUUCAACUGAAAAUUAGGAAAUACCUUCUUGAAUUGGAAUAA